AUGAUUAAUGUGAUGGAUCAUGUGAAUAAACCCAUGAAUGAAGUGGAUAAGAGCUUGGAUGGUCAGUUAUGGCAUGCCUGUGCUGGUGGUAUGGUUCAAAUGCCGGAAUUAAACUCGAAGGUUUUCUAUUUUCCUCAAGGCCAUGCUGAACAUGCUGCCGCCGGCAAUGGCGAUUUCCGGGAUCUCCCAAGAAUCGCGCCGUACGUUCUCUGUGGAGUCUCCGCCGUCAGCUUCAUGGCGGAUUCCGACACAGACGAGGUUUAUGCUAAAAUAGGGCUUGUCCCUUUGGGAAAUCACAACGAUUGUGAUUUCGAUAAUGAUGGUGGGUUUUUAGGGUUUGAUCAUAACAAGAAUGAAAAUCAAGAAAAACCGGCUUCGUUUGCCAAGACUUUGACUCAAUCUGAUGCUAACAAUGGUGGCGGGUUCUCCGUUCCGAGAUACUGUGCUGAAACGAUCUUUCCCAGAUUGGAUUACACGGCUGAGCCACCGGUUCAGACGAUCUUGGCUAAGGAUGUUCACGGAAAGCUGUGGAAGUUCCGGCAUAUCUACCGGGGGACCCCUCGUCGCCAUCUUUUGACCACCGGCUGGAGCAAUUUCGUGAACCAAAAGAAGCUUGUAGCCGGCGAUUCCAUCGUGUUCUUGAGAGCCGAUAAUGGUGAUCUCUGUGUCGGAAUUCGGAGAGCCAAGAGAGGAAUUGGGAGAGGGUUUCUUGAUUCCAAUUCCUCUGGAUGGAACACUACGAUUGCUGGGAUUGGGAAUUCUGGGAAAGUAACUGCGGAAUCUGUGAUUGAAACCGCCAAUCUAGCGGCAGCGGGGCGGCCAUUCGAGGUGGUUUAUUACCCACGAGCAAGCACGCCGGAGUUUUGCGUAAAAGCUUCGACUGUAAAGGCGGCAAUGAGGAUUCAAUGGUGUCCGGGAAUGCGGUUCAAGAUGGCUUUCGAGACGGAGGAUUCGUCGAGAAUCAGUUGGUUCAUGGGCACCAUUUCUUCCAUUGAUGUCGAUGAUCAAACACGUUGGCCGAAUUCUCCAUGGAGGCUCCUCCAGGUAGCAUGGGAUGAACCCGAUUUGCUACAAAACGUGAAGCGGGUUAGUCCGUGGUUAGUUGAAUUGGUGUCGAAUAUGCCAUCGAUCCAUCUUUCGCCAUUUUCGCCGCCAAGAAAGAAGCUUCGGAUCCCUCAACCGCCCAAUUUCCCCCUUCUUCCGAUGCCUUCGAUGAUCACCAACAGCAUUCCCACAAGCAUUCAGGGAGCCAGGCAUAAUCCUCAAUUUGGAUUCAAUCAUCAUCAAAAAUACUUCAACAAGAUCCAAUCAUUUCCAUUUUGGUCCCCAAGAUUCCCUCCAAGAUUCAUCGAAACAUCCCAAGAAACCGAUGAAAACGUGUCUUGCUUGCUAACGAUCGGGAACAAUACCAACUUGAAGAACAACGAUGACGAAAAAGACGACAAAAAACCCAUCUUCGUGUUGUUUGGUAAGCCAAUUUUCACCGAACAGCAGCUCUCCGAGAGCAGUUCUGGUGACACCAUAGCGAAUCAAUCUGAUGGUUCGGUGGUGGUUCAGAAUGGUCCAGUCGAGAGCUCAUCCGAUGAAGCUGGUCCAUGGUGCAAAGACCAAAAGUCUGAGUUUGGGCUCGAGACCGGCCAUUGCAAGAUUUUCAUGGAGUCUGAAGACGUGGGGCGGACACUCGAUCUGGCUACUUUUCAUUCAUAUGAAGAGUUGUACCGGAAGCUCGCGGACAUGUUCAGUAUCGAGAAACCCAUAAUGCUGAACAACUUGAUUUACCGUGACUCGGCUGGUGCCGUAAAACACACCGGAGACGAACCGUUCAGUGAGUUCUCAAAGACCGCACAAAGGCUAACGAUCGUGAUGGAUUCAGGCAGCCAUAACGUAGGACUAUUAGCGACGAAUUAAUGGGUUUCGUGACAUGUACAGUCGUUGCUAAUUCAAAUUCUUACGAUUUUUCUUGUCUUUGUUUCUGGGAGUUGUGGUAAAGGCCCCAUCGACCGAUUUUGAGACGGUUUAGUUUACGGUUUUCUGCUGUUUGCAUUUUGCUCAAUUAAAUGUUGUUU